CUGAGACUGGCAGUCACAGUCUGUCGUGCGCUCUCGAGCUUCAUUGCAGCAAACCUAUUCAGAGUCUACAAAUCGUUCGGGCGUGACUUUCAAAGGGCUAAAACACAGCGCCCGUCUGUUUGUUUUUGUUUGUUUUUUUCGCAGCAAUUUCGGUCGCACUUAAAAAAAAAAUAAUCAUCAAACGACGCGAAGUGACGCUCUUCUAAAAAAGAAGAGCUGGAAAACGCUUACCCAAUUUCAUCAGUCGUACCUAAAGACAUCGCGGCCCCCUUUUUUUUUUUUAUGCUUAGCGACUUGAUGUAAUCAGUGUGUUGUGUGAUCUCUUAUGUGAGCGUAAGGGGGACGUUAUCGCUUUGUUCUUUCGACGACACUUUUCUUCGCUUCGUUUAAAAAAAAAAAGAAAGAAAGAAGAAAGCUAAAGAUGAUCGUGUCGAGAAAGAUGGACAACGUGACGAUGGUGAUUGUCGCCUUGGUGGCGCUCAACUUGAUUGGCUCGUCGUCGACGUCGCCGCUUCCGCAGAGAUUGAAUCACAGUUCGCUGGCGUUCAUCGCUCUCUCGACUUCAUCUCAUCGACCGCCUCAUUCAACGGAGCAGAGUGCGCAUUCUUUGCCGACGUCAGAGCCGGCGCUACCGGCCGACCAGGUUGGCCGCGUCCAGCACGCUUCUUCCCCGUGGGAACCCGAGCAAUUCAAUUUGCCUUUCAGCGUUCAAGCGGAGGAGAUAUCAGAUGAAGAGUGGCGUCAGAUGAUGACGGACGAUCUGCGACGUCACGGCGUUCUCGGACAGAUCGUCGAUACCGUCCCGCCCUACAUCGUGAACGUUGACUACGCCGAACACGCCUGCGUUCAUAUGGGCAAUCAACUCGUUCCACGUCAGACCCAAAUGCAGCCGCAUCAAAUCAAUUUCCCGACAAACGGUAGCGGAGGACUCUUCACGCUGAUGGCCAUCGAUCCGGACGUGCCUAGUCAAAACAACAGCAUCUACUCCGAGUUCCUACACUGGCUAGUGGUCAACAUCCCUGACGAAGAUAUCGAACGAGGAGAUGUGCUGGCAGAAUACCUUGGCCCAUUGCCGUCGCACAAGGGCGGACAGCAUCGCUUCAUCUUUCUGGCUCACAAGCAGCCGAAUGGAUCCAUCAUCAACACGGCGGCCCUUCCACACGCCGAGUCCUGCGACUGGGCCGCCCGGGCCCGUUUCAGCGCCAGAAAAUUCGCCAAAAUCCACCGGCUCGGCGAGCCGAUGGCCAUCAACUACUUCACGACCGAGUUCGACUCUUCCGUCCCGCUGGCCAUCGAGCAGUGUCUCUUGAGGAGACAAAGUCUCAUCCACAUCCAACAGCGUCUCUCUUGAUUUUGUGUUUGUUUUUUUUGUUUUUUUUUUAAUUUGUUCCGUUCGCAUUCACAAUUUAGCUCGCCGCCCCAUUUUCUAACGUCAUAGAGCAAAACGAUAUAAAGACAAUUUUUCAAAG